UCUCCAUAUGUUAAGAAUUAAUCACAUUGUGAAAUGUAAAAUCUCCCCAAUAACAUUUAUAGUUCGGCCCGGAAAAUUCAAAUUUGACCAAUACCCGACCCUAAAACGACCCCUUUUAAAAACGAAUUGUCAAAAUUUUACACCAGGAAGAGGGGCGAGUUUCGUUUGACAAUGGCCCAGAUAUCAAAGUUCACCACACUUUUAAAGAAAGUCCCAAAUAAACUGGAAUAUUUCAAGAGGCUCCAGCACGCCAAUAGCUCUUUGACAUUGGACGUAGAAGUGAACAAAGGACAAGGAGUCCGAUUGUGGGAUAAGAAUGGAAAAGAAUAUUUAGAUUUUAUUGGAGCACAUGGCUCUAUUAAUGCAGGGCAUUGUCACCCUAAAUUAAUCAACUGUAUGCAAGAGCAAAUGUGUUUGUUGCAUCAAACAACUCAGUCAAUAAACACAAACGUAUUGCCCGAAUUUGCCCAGUAUAUAUGCCAAAUGUUCAACUAUGACAGAGUAAUAACUGUAAACAGUGGUCUUGAGGCUUGUGAGGCCGCUGCAAAAAUGGCUCGUAUAUGGGGCUAUAAAGUAAAAAAAAUAUGCCCCAAAGAUGCUAUACUUGUUUUUUGUAACUGCAACUAUUGGGGUUGUUCACUUGCAGCUGUGUCAGCAAGCUGUGAUCCUUUGCUUUUUUCAGGAUUUCAGCCUUUGUUAACUGGGAUGAAACUAAUUCCUUAUGAUGAUCCUUGCUCGCUUGAGGAAAUUUUAAGAAAUCCCAAUGUGUGUGGUUUUAUGGUUGAGCCUUUGCAAUGUGAUUGUGGUGUUAUGGUACCACAAGAUGGUUAUCUCGCAGAAGUCAGACGACUCUGCACUCAACACAAGGUACUGUGGAUAUGCAAUGAAGUCGUGACGGGUUUAGGAAGAACAGGCCUGAUGCUAGGAGUCGAUCACGAGUGUGUUAAACCGGACAUAUUGGUGUUAGGCCGGUCUCUAGCAGGUGGAAUGUACCCGGUGUCCGCUGCCUUGGCAAGUUGUGAGGUAAUGGAUCUUCUCAGACCAGGAUCUCACAUGUCAACUUUCGCUGGUAAUCCGCUCGGAGCAAGAACUGCAUUGGCAAUGUUGAAAUUGAUAAAAGAAGAAUGUCUUUGUGAAAAUGCUGCCAACAUGGGAGCGUUAUUAAGGGAUGGUUUACUGUGUACAUUCAGUAAAGAUGACAUGCCUAUUCUUCGAGGAAAAGGAUUAUUGUAUGCAUGUAAAAUUGAUCCUAGAAUUGGAAGCCCGAUGGAAAUAACAGAAAACUUGAGGGAUUGUGGCCUGCUUGUAUGGCCAAACCGAGACGAAUUUCUCCGUUUCACCCCACCGCUGGUGGUCAGCGAGGAAGAGAUAACGCAAGCAAUCAGCAUAUUUAAAAAAGUCGUCGAUCACAUGAAGGGACCUCACUGUGUUUGUUAAGAUUGUCUUCUGCUUCUUAAAAAAUAACGUCCCUCUCUAUUCCUAUUGUGGUAGUUUUAUUACUACGAAACUGCAGCUUUCAAAGUCUGAUAAUUAAACAAAAAAUGAAAUCAA